AUAGAAAAAUGUAACUGAUAAGACUCAAUUAUGAAGCAGUUUGCGACUGUAUCGUUAACUAAGUCGGUUUUAUAAUAAUUUUUAAUGUAGGAUUAUGACCAUGGAAAACAUCAAUAUUAUCUGUGGUAUGUCAUUUUUCAUUCUGAUUGCUCCUCCAUGGAGCACUAAGGUGUUAUCUAAUAGGUUGUUUACGGUCAACUUACGUUGCCAUUUAUUAAGUUGUGAAGGUGAUAUAGACCCCAACCUGGCAAACCCAAGCCAGCUGUGACGAUGAAGAAACUAGGCAAGAUUUCAUACCACAUAUUUUUAUUUAAUUAUCGCAAAAUAUCGCACAAAACUAUACUUGCUCGAAGAAUGACAACCUAUUGUGUGUUACCAAAUGAUUAUGUUGAUAUCUACCAAAAGGCUAAAAAUGAAACCCAAGAUAACGGGUCAUCAAAAAUGGCAGACACCCCGAUUGACUGUGAAUUCCCAGUUUGGGGAUUAUUACCGAAAAAAGAGACAGGAGUCGUCUCAUUUCUCAAUAAGUAUCCAGAAUACGAUGGCAGGGACACCGUUAUUGCUAUAUUUGACUCUGGUGUGGACCCUGCGGCAGCCGGUCUCAAGUUGACGAGCACUGGUGAAACAAAGGUUAUAGAGAGGUUCGACUGCAGCGGGUGCGGUGAUGUGGACACUAGUACAAUUAUUCGCAAAGCUGUCGAUGGAUGCAUUACCGGUCUUACAGGCCGCAAAUUGAAAAUCCCAGAUAAUUGGAGUAACCCGUCUGGUGUGUGGCGUGUGGGCAUUUUACAUGCAUACACUUUGUACCCGAGCAAGCUACGGGAACGGGUACAGGAACACCGUAAGGAACAGCAGUGGGAUGUCAUUCAUAAACUUGCCUUUGCUAAGGCCAAUAAGGAGUUGCAGGACUUUGAAAAUGAUGUUUCAAAAAACUCAACUCUUACUCCGGAGGAGAAAAUGCAGAAAGAGGAGUUGGAAGCCCGUGUAGAAGUACUGACAGCUGCCGAAAAAAAGUACACAGACCUGGGACCUACGUAUGACUGCGUGCUGUUUCAUGAUGGCACUUGUUGGAGGGCUGGCAUAGACACGUCAGAAUGUGGCGACUUGAAACAGGGCCCGUUCCUGGGCGAGUACAGCGCGACACACGAGCACGCGCACCUCACCGAGCUCGAUCAGAUGACCAUCAGCAUCAACGUGCACGAUGACGGGGGGACGCUUGAGGUCGUCGGCAUGUGCUCAACCCACGGCACCCACGUAGCAGCGAUUGCAGCAGGGUACUUCGCCGACGAGCCAGACAAGAACGGCGUGGCUCCCGGCGCCAAGAUCAUAUCGCUGACUAUCGGGGACAGCCGCCUGGGCUCCAUGGAGACUGGCACCGCACUCAUCCGAGCGUGCAUCAAGGUCAUGGAACUCUCCAAAAAGAUGAAGAUUGACGUCAUCAACAUGAGCUACGGGGAACACGCGCACUGGUCUAAUGCUGGGCGCGUGGGAGAGGUGAUCUGCGAGGUGGUGAAUCGCUACGGCGUGUCUUGGGUGGUGUCGGCCGGCAACCACGGGCCCGCGCUGGCCACCGUGGGCGCACCGCCCGACAUCGCACAGCCUGUGCUCAUUGGCGUGGGCGCGUACGUGUCCCCGGAGAUGAUGCGCGCGGCGUACUCGCUGCGCGCGCGGCUGGCGGGCGGCGCCUUCAGCUGGAGCUCGCGCGGGCCCGCCGCCGACGGCGCGCCCGGCCUCAGCGUGGCCGCGCCCGGCGGCGCCGUCGCCUCCGUCGCCAGGUUUACAUUAAGAAACUGCCAGUUGAUGAACGGAACUUCAAUGGCUGCUCCACAUGUCGCUGGAGUUGUUGCGGCCCUGGUGUCGGGUCUGAAAGCGAAGAGCCUGCCAUAUUCGCCAUACUCACUGAAACGAGCGUUGGAGAACUCCGCCACACAUCUCAGCCACGUGGAGCCGUGGGCACAGGGCUGUGGUUUGGUUAACAUUGAUAAGGCGUUCGAGAUCCUGUCGAGCCACCACGACGCCCCGGAGCGCGACGUGUGGUUCAGCCUGCAGUGCGGCAGCGGCGCGGGCGCCGGCAAGGGCGUGCUGCUGCGGCCGCGCGGCGGGGACGGGCCGCAGGACGUGCCCGUCACCGUCGAGCCGCAGUUCCUGCAGGACCACACGGACCCGCACAAUAAGGGCGUGAUAGCGAGCCAGUUAGCGUUCAACAUUCGAUUAGCGUUAUCCUGUAACGUUCCCUGGAUCUCCGCGCCGCAGCAUCUGGAUAUGAUGAACGCCAGCAGACCGCUCGCACUGAGGGUUAACACCGCCAGUCUCCCACCAGGGCCACACUUCGCUAGUAUAAACGCGUUCGACGUGUCGUGCGUGGAGAAGGGCCCUGUGUUCCGCAUCCCCGUGACGGUGCUGCAGGCCACGCCGCUGCCGCCACCGCCAGCGCCGCAGACUCUGGAUGAGAAACAGGUGGAGUUCAAGCCUGCCACCAUCAAGCGACACUUUGUUAUACCGCCAGCGGAGGCGACGUGGGGUGUGGUCCGCAUGCGUGCCGUGGGCGACGUGGGCGGCGUGGGCGGCGCGAGCGCAGCGGGCGCGGAGGCGGAGGCGGGCGGCGCGGCGCGCUUCCUGCUGCACGCCAUGCAGCUGCUGCCGCGCCGCUCGUGCCGCUCGCACGAGACGCACAAGAUGCUCACGCUGCACGCCGAGGCGCCCGCCCUGCUGCCCUUCCAGAUACAGGGCGGCGUACCCCUAGAAAUAGUGAUAGCGAAGUACUGGGCGAACAUAGGCACAGUGGCGGUGGAUUACAGCAUAGAGUUCCACGGCAUCAAGCCGGACUUCGGGCCGCGGAUGGUGAUGGCGGCGGGCGAGGGCAUCCGCGCCGUCACGUUGGCGGCCCUGCGCCUGGAGGACGUGCAGCCCAACGCGCAGCUCAAGUACUCCGAGCCCAUAGUGCGCCCAACAGAAUCAAAGCUGUCUCCGCUGACGUCACGCGACGUGAUACCGCCGGCGCGGCAGAUCUACCAGCUGAUCAACACGUACAGCUUCCACGUCGCUAAGGCCACAGAGGUGUCGCCAAUAGUGUCUCUGCUAUGCGACAUGCUGUACGAGUCAGAGUUCGAGGCCCAGAUGUGGAUGAUCUACAACUCGUGCAAGCAACUCAUGGGCGUCGGAGACGCGUACCCCUCCAAGUAUUCAGUGAAGCUGGAGAAGGGCGACUAUACUCUUCGCCUGAACAUCCGUCACGAGAACAAGUCCUUGCUAGAGAAGCUUCAAGAGCUGCCCGUCAUCAUACAGCAGCGGUUGCCCCAGCCCAUCACGCUGGACGUAUACUGCUCGCAACCACAGGCGUUAACUGGAGGAAAGAAGAUCAGCUCACUACCAUUACAAAGUGGAACAUUAAUACCUCUAUACUUCACGUCGGUGCCGGCUGAUAAAAUAGGCCGUUCGAACCUGACGAUAGGGCACACGCUGACCGGCACGGUGACCUUCGCAAAGGACGAGCUAGGCCGCAAGGUGGACACCUACCCGCUGCAGUAUGUCGUCUGCGAACCCCCCAAGCGUACCAACAACAACAAGGAAAAAGAGAAGGGGAAACCGCAUGACGACUAUAUGGAUGCCGUCAAGGAGUUCACUACUAACUGGCUGGCUAAGCUAGAGGGCGACAAGUUGGAGCAAGUGUACGAGGAGAUGUUGGAGAAGUUCCCCGGGUACUUAGGUGCCCACGUCGCUUAUCUGCACGCGGUCGACUCGCCCACUGAUGCUAAGAAACUACCUCAUGCUAACGAAGAACCAGAUGUGACGACCGCGUGGUGUGAACAGCUCGUCACUAUAUCUGAAAAGGUGAUAAAACAAAUAGAUCAAGACAAGCUCCUAGCGUACUUAGGGAUGAAGAACGACACGCGAAGUGAUGCAACUAAAAUUAAGCAGGAGCAAGAAAAGCAGAAGGGCUACCUGAUAGACGCGCUAUGCCGGCGCGGCGCGGCGCUGUGCCGCCUGCGGGCGCUGGCGGCGGGCGCUGCGGCGCGGGACAAGCUGGCCGCCGCGCUGAGGGGGAACAUGGACGACCUGCUCAAGUUCACCGACCUCACCGACUCCAAGGCAAUCCACUACGGCGUGUGGCACUGCUUCACGUUCAACCAAUGGGGGCGAGCAGUGAAACUACUAACCAAGAUCUUAGAAGAAAGACCUUCGAAGGAGGCAGAGGAGCGUCUGAUAGAGGCGUACAAGCAACUGAAAUGGGAUUAUCUUGCCAAGUUCGCGCAAGGACAGAUGCCGAUCAAGUAUCCGUCGACUUACCGACCCUUCUAGAUCUUCCUGGUGAAAGCUACCAGGGUCCGGGCGUUAGGAAUUGGUUGUAUCAUCUAGUUACUCCUGCACAAAAAGUUGGAAAAACCUAUCAUCGCUUAUAAUCAGUGAUCGGAUAUUCGGGCGCUACGCUUCGCAGUUCGCUGGUCGAUUUAUUAGCACUUUUGUAUUGAAAUCUAAUCGCACGUAACAAGUAUUGAUAAGAAUUAAUAAUAGUUUCGAUCCGAACGUUUUGAUAAACAACAAUAAGUACUUAGUUCUAAAAUUGUCCCCACCGGGAUUCGAACCCGGGAGUACGUAGUCGUUACAUGAGCCAUGUCAGGGGCCUGUGACGGCUCAGUAAUAACCCUGACACCAGGGUUGAUGGGGUUGGUAAUCCACCUCACAAUCCACACGAUAGAAGUUCUGAAUUCAAAUUGUGGUACACGAUGUCAUCUAAUAAUAGGCACUUGGCAACCUAGUCAAAUCAGAUACUUUUACGAAACGUCAAAACGAAAGUUUUCUUCGGAGUUUGUAUGGAAAUACUGUCCUGGGACGUCCUAAAUAAAAUCCGGAAAUAAGUCGAAAGUAAAAUGAGAUUCAUUUAGGUUGGGGCUUUUUGGCGGGAAACGGGAACGGGACAGUUGCUUUCUUCAUUGAAUAAUCUAAUUAAUUAAUACAAAGUGGUGUUUUGUGAUUAAUGAUCGCAUUAAGUUAGUCGGAAGACAUUCGCGAGUGUUAUUAUAUCGGAGUAUUCAAUAAACAAAGUGUAUCUGCCUAUUUUCGCUUCGUGCCAGGAAGCCGCUUCAUAACUCGAAAGUUUAUGCGGACUUUUGAGUUAAUUCGUUUGGAGUUCGGAGUAGGAGUCUACUCCGAGGGUGGGGGCUUAGGUUUCAUUAUCAUCACCUUUGAUCAUUUCAUUAUUCAUCAAGAAAAAAAAAAACGUAAGACAUGGCUGUAUGGGCAUAGUUCCCUUUGCCUUACCCUUCGGGGAAAACAAAAAAAAAUCAAUUUUGUUUGGCUUCUAUUUUUAAAUUAGUGUUAUAAUUUAUCUUAGACCUAAUCGAAUACCCUAUUGAUGAACAUGAAAAGUCACAUUGGUUUGUAUUCGGAAGUGCGUUGACUGUCGCGGGACAUUUAGAUGUUUGAGGCCUAAUGAUGAUGAUUAUGACUAAUAAAACAAUAAAUAACGUAGCUUCACGCUUGUAUUCCUGAAGGGGUAGGCAGAGCUGUACAGUAUAUGCACCCAGUCCUCGCCAGCUAUGUUUAAGUGUAAUGAGUUGAUAGUACCAAUUUGAACGCCCGAGUGUAAGUGAAUUGUUGAUUUUCUAAGCCAUGUCCAUCUAUACUAAGUCGCAACUUAGAUACAAGUACAGUUUAAUAAUGAAGUGUUGUAUAAAAUAAAAAAAAUAGCGCACAGUAAGUCGUAGUACAGUUUUGAUAUUGCAAAUAGAUAAUUGAAUUUUAUUUUAUACUGGAUUAUUUUUGUUCAUCCCUAAUGCUUUUAAAGAUCUAAAUACACACUAUUCUGAGCGAAACAGUUCAAGAAACUAAAUCUCCAUUCCUUCAAACAUUUGUCAAUUUGAUGGUUAAUUUUGCAUAAGUUCUUUGACGAUGUUGUUGGGCACAUUGAUCGUUGAAAGUAUUAGCGGAAAAAAAUACACUGUAUUUAAUUAUCGACACCUAAUUUUUUUAAAGUUAUACCUGUCAUUUUCUAAUCUGGCGAAAAGGAAAGAGACGGGAGGUGACAGCUGUUAAUUUUAAAAUCAAUGAGUGAAUGUAACAAUAAUCCGGAAGAAUAAAUUGUAUAGACAUCUCGCUGCAACCCGUUCGACUUGGGCUAUCAGCUCAAUUCUGUCGGAUUAUACGACAAUAUAAAAAAUACGGGUUUUUAAGAGUUUAUCUAGAAUUCACGUGUGUUCCAUAUACGUAUAAUUUUUUAGCUUGUCGAGUACCCUUCCCUUUCCUUCUCAGCGGAUAAGACACGUGUUAUGAUGUUAAAACGAUUGGUGUUGUUUACAUGUUGUAUAUAUCCUUUAAAACAUAGCGUUAGUGUAAUAUCUCGUCUCCUUCGCGCGAAGCCGUAUACCGUUAGUGCGAAAAAAUACAUAUAUCUAUGUCUUGCUGUCAUUCUAAUUAUGCUAUGUUUAAACGGGUAUAUGUUUGAUAAUUUGACGAUUGAAUCAUUCAGUUUAGUAUCGUAAGCAUUUUAUUAUGUUAAAAGCAGGUGCUCCUGUAAGUGUGCUCAAAUUAGUGCUGCAAAGGACUUUAGGCUUUUAGCCCUAAAUUUCAGCCUACCGAGUCCUUUUUGGGACUAGACCAGUAAAAUAGGGCUUUAAAAGCUUCGUCAUUUUAAAAAACUUUUAGCCAUUUUUAAAGUAGUAGGCUUUAAAAAAGCCUAUAGCCUUUUUAAUGUAGUAGGCUUUUAAAAAGCCUAUAGCUUUUUUUAAAGUAGUAGGCUUUUUGGGACUGGAGUCUUUAUUAUCAUUUUUUAGUAAAAGCCUUUUUACCGAUUUCAAAAAAGGGAGUUAUCAAUUCGAUACGUAUGUAUAUAAUAUUAUUGGAGCUACAUAAAAUUCACACAUGAUAUUGGCCUUAAAAAUCGGUUCUUCUGGCGUAAGUAAUUUGUAUGGGGCUGACGGGACGUGCUGUUACGUAUUACUAUAAUUAUUAGACUAUUUCCAUACUAAUUGAUAGUAAGAAGUUAUUUUCAAUAUUCAUAGUUAGUUAGCUAGUUGUGCAUCUAACAAUAAAUCAAUUUUUCACAGUGUUUGUGUAGGUAUAUAUGUUUUUAAAGUUUGUUGUACCCACCCACACUUUUACUUUUUUUUACUUGAGAAAGGGACUGUAUGUAUAGCCUAAAUAACCUUAAGGUCUAAGAGCUUCAUAGGCUUUUUGAGCGUCUUAUUUUAUUAAAUUAGUCUUAAACAAGGUUAGGCCUUUUUAAGGCCUUUAGGCUUAUAACCAAUAGGCUUGAAUAGGCUUAACCCUAGCCUAGCCGCAAGUACUAAAUGGCUUUAUAGGUUUUUAGCCUACUAAGCUUUUUAUUUAACAGUCUAGUCUUAAAAUAAGGGCUAAAAGCCUAAAGUUCUUUGCAGCACUAGCUCAAAUAUUACCAAGAUUCGGUUUUUUAUAGACGUGAGAUAAUGCGGAACUUGGAAAACGACAUGUUUAGGCAGUAAUCAUAGAAUAAAGAAUAAUACUACGUAUAGAACGGCUAUAUUCAUAAUGCUGUCUGUAAAAGUUUCAUAUGUAUUGCUGUAUGUGUACCUAAAUAAAUAAAUAAAUAAACUCUCCGCCCCGCACAGAUUCGUAUCGGGCGCCUACCUCACCUCCUCUGGGUCUUUAGUCUAAAUGCCCGUACGCCGCUAAGGAGUAAAGGGGACAGCGCGCGCAGUGUGUCUCCCUCACACUUACGGGUUAGGUGGUACACAGUCGUCAUAAACAGCCUAUAUACGUCCCACUGCUGGGCACAGGCCUCCCCUCAAUCAACCGGAGGGGGUAUGGAGCAUACUCCACCACGCUGCUCCAAUGCGGGUUGGUGGAGGUGUUUUUACGGCUAAUAGCCGGGACCAACGGCUUAACGUGCCCUCCGAAGCACGGAAUCAUCUUACUCUUACGGACAAUCAGGUGAUUCAAGCCUGAAAAGUCCUUACCAAACAAAUGACAGUCUCACAAAGUGAUUUCGACAAUGUCCCCAUCGGGAAUCGAACCCGGACCUCCAGAUCGUGAGCCUAACGCUCUAACCACUAGACCACGGAGGCUGUUAACUGUUGGUACACAGUAACAAUGAGUUAUAUAAUUGAAAGAUUUGUUGCUGGUGCAAUUUCUUGACAUUUCUUCUUCUCAACCUUGCGAUAUGACGUAGAUGCAAAAAUGAUAAAUUGAUCUUCAACAAGUUUAUCCGAGAUAAUAGGCUACUUGACGACCUUGUCAAAUGAGAUACUUUUUACGUAACGUCAAAACGAAAGUUUUCUUUGGAGUUUGUAUGGAAAUACUGUCCACUGACGUCAUCAAUAAAAACUAUCAUACGUCGUACUUGUUGUUGCUUAAUUCAUAAAUAAAAUUCGAAAAUAAGUCGAAAAGUAAAAUGAGAUUGAGUUUUGAUCAUUUUAGACUGGCUUCUAUUUCUAGAGAUCUUUGACCCAGUCAAAUACCCUACUUUGCAUAAAUGAUUCUCAGAUUUUUGUAUAGAGUGAGUGUCUGAGGUUUCUCGACCGUUUGUUGUGCGGUAGUCUGCAUUAUGCAACGUCUAUUUAAAACCGAAACGAGUUAAUAGUAUUUGUAUUAUUUUAUACCUGAAUUUAUUUCUAUAUUUUCUAUUAUAAACUUGUAAUAAAUUAAUGCAAUUUUGAAUGAUGACCUCACUAGCGUAAUUUAUGAAGUUGAACUUAUAUAGAAUCAUUAGUUAUGAUAAUACAAUGUUAAAUUAAGUAAAUGAAUAGUUAAGAAUUAUAGAUGCAGAAAUUAUUGUAACUAAUUUGGCAUUUAUGUCGACAAGCAUUUUAUUUUUUACUGCAAAGAUCGAUUGCAAGCCAUGUUUCUAUGAUAACUCUGCACUGCAAUAUUUUUAAAACUUCUAUAUUUUUUUACACCAUAUUUUCCAUCGUGACUUCCACAAUUAAAUUAUUUCCGAUAACAUUAAUCGUAUAUAAACAAAUAGACUACCAAUGGCCCCGAUUCCUGCAGACUCCUCCUAAUUUUAAGUUAUACCCGUCAUUUUAUUAUCCGCCGAAAAGGAAAGGGACGGAUGAUUGUCAACAAGUUAAUUUUGAAAUGAAUGAAUAACCCUUGCGACUAAAAUAGGCAUCUCGCUGGUAUGCAAUCCGUUAUUCUGUCGGGUUACUGGCCGAUGUAAAAUUUUUAGACGGUUGUUUUAGAUUUCUACUGAAAUUGACGUGUAUUCUUUAAAUUUUAUCCCUGUCGAUUACUCGUCCCUUUCUUUUUUAAUGGAUAAGAAAAAGACAGGUAUAACUUUUUAGAUGGCGUCUGCAGGAAUCAGCACCAUUAUCUGUAAAAGAGCGUCCGCGGCGCAACUUGUCACUAAGCUACGUCGUGUAAGGAUCGAGUUUAAUGUCGACACUGUACAACCGAUAUUUCUCAUUAUUUUCACAACCACAAUAUGUUAAUUUGAGGAAACGAACUUAUACUAUCUACAUAACAUAUUUGGGUGAAUAUCAAAAUGUGCAAAGUUUGGUGGCGAACUGUCAUAGAAUUUUUUCGUGAAAAAUUGGGUAAAUUGGGAAUUGAAAAAUUCCUUUUUCAUGUCGGAACCGAGGAUCCUUUUGGAUCUUUUUCAUGUCGGAACCGAAUUUUUCACGAAAAAAUAAUAUGAAAUUUCGCCACCAAACUUGAAAUUUUGAGAUUCACCCAUUUACAGUACGGUUCGGGCGCUUUUUUUUAAUCCUUAGCGAUUCUAUUUGUUUAUACUUACUAUGUCAGUGUCCGCUAAGUGUGAAACUGCUGAUUCUGGCGAAUAAACUUAAUUAUAAUUUAGUUUCACCGUUUAAAAAGUGCCGUAGUUCCGUCCUUUUCUUACGAUAAGUAAAAGAAAGGGACAGAACUACUUUUAGAACUAGCAAACCAAAUGGAAAUUAAGUUUGUGCCUGUCGGAAUCGAUACCAUUAAGCCUGCCUUAUUUACUUAAAUAUUGUAAAAUAAAAGUCGAUGCAUAUUAUUUUCAUUGAAUUAUCGUCAAACUGUUUAGUGCGUACUGCAAAACGAACAGUAUAGAAUAGGCCUACAGUAGCCGUAGUGUGCUUCCCGCAUAUCAACAUUUAUCGCGUCACGCGCGAUAUGUUGGCAGCAUGCUACGGCUAGUCCAAUAGGAAAUGCCAUGUACAGUAUAGUGUGAAGUAUCCAUUGUGUUUUAUAUGUAAAUGCUAUCUUAUUUUAUUAGGGACACGCUAAUACCGGUAGGCUUGAAUCAAUUUAUUUUAGUGCAUUGCAGUUUUAAGGCCGUCCGAUAAAAGGGUCGGACCAACUUAUGCUGGGUAAUACUACUAUCUUAUUCAUCGGCUGGUGUAAAUUGGUCCUACGCACCCGCACACGCUCGGGUCAUCGCGUGCGAUCAUCUUACACUGGACGAUUAACAACUUAGUAGAACUAUCCAGUAUAAGUUGGUAUCCAUCCGAGUUUAGCGUACGCCCUAAAUCUUCACAACUUGUAUCUACUUUAGCUUCACGACUGUAUCCCAAUUGGGGUAGUCAGAGGUUCAUCCAUCAUAAGAACAAAGUACCCACACCUAACCGAGCUUUCUGUUGGUCCAACGGAAUGGAAUUUUCGUAUUUAUUUAUUGGGCUAAUGAUAGAAUAGUAUAUUACUGUUUUACUAGCAUAUUAGUUACUCCAUUCUAGUACUUUCUGGUUUAUAGUUACUUAUGUUAAAGAGUAAUCUGAUAUCUUUAGUUCAAAAGUAACUUUUUAGUUAUAUUCAAGCCUAUCUGUAUUAGCAUUUGGUCUAGGUUCGAGCAAAAUGGGAAGAGGUGGUAGGUACUUAUAAUUUUUGCAAAUUAUUCUUGGAAAUCUAGCUGUUAUCUGGGGUAACCAGCCAGGGAUCGGUACUGAGGCGCUUAGGAACGUGAAGUUCGCUGGUUGAGACUAAUAUGGAUAGCACUUUUGUAUUGAAAAAAAAACCCCGCGAAAUCAGGAUUGUCAGGAACCGAUAGAUUUUUUAAUAGCCGCUUUAAUCGAUAAAUCGUUUUAGGAUUGCGCUUCCAUAAUUUCGUACCAUUUUGUGGCAUUUGUAAACGUUUUGAUCGUAGUAUUUUAAGAAAGUAACUUCUCUUCCCUUUGUGCUUGAACCGAAGCAAUUGGUUCCUUCAUAUAAACGUGUCACGCUAUAGCUUAAUUUCAAAAUAAAAAGGCUUAUAAUAAAGUAAGCUUUUAUAUAAAAAUAUGUCGUAGUUAAAUCUAUCAAAAAAGGUAGCCGUAGUAUGAGGGAUAUGACGCGACAAAUAGACGCAGAGUAUGCGGUCUUCGUAGAUAUUCGCCGCGUUAUAUGUCGCGUCGCGUCUUUCACACUACAGCUACUGUUCUUCUCCCUUGUGUAAAUGUUUCUAUCACUUGUGUAAAGAGUUAGCUAUAGUGUGGCGCUAAUAACAUUGUAAUGAAAUAUUGUGCUUCGUGAUGAUUGAUUUAUUAAUAUAGGUAAUGUUUUUUUUAAUGAGUUGUUGAUAAGAAUGGAGAAAUAAAUAUUAUUUGAAGGAUUAAA